ACGUCAGCCAGCCCGAGCUCGUCAUCUAUCGGGGAAUCGUCGGUGAAUCUGCUAAUAGCUAUUCCAAGCCUACACGCGGCUGUUUGCUUCAUCACUGCUGUCGCAAGCGUUCGCUCCUUCGUCAACAACACAUUUCACCACCUAUUUCCACAGCUGCGACUUCUUCGCUCCCAGCUACUACUAUGGAUGACUACGAGAGAGAUCGUGCGCAGCUCAACGAGAUCGUCGCGCCCGUGAUCGGUGAACCUGAUGACUAUCUUAUAUGGGAUGGAGUCAUCAAAGUUCUUAUGGACUUCGAUGGUGGCUUGAACCGCAAUUCUAGUGACCUCGCCAUCUCAGCAAUUCGCGACGUGUACGACCGCCUGCUUCUCAAGUUUCCUCUAUUCUUUGGUUAUUGGAAGAAGUACGCAGAUCUUGAAUUUUCGCUCUCUGGUACCGAAGGUGCUGAACUGGUGUACGAGCGAGGAAUUGGCAGCGUUGGCGUCAGUACCGCUCUUUGGGCUUAUUAUUGCGAGUUCAAGAUGCAAACCUGUCACGAACCUGAGAUCGUUCGAGAGCUGUUCGAGCGAGGCGCUGAAUGCUGUGGCUUAGACUGGCACUCCGAAGCUUUCUGGGACAAGUGGCUUGAGUUUGAGGAUCGAGUCGACGCCCCGGCCGAAAAAUACAAAGUCCUGGUCCGGGUCAGCACAUUGCCAAUCUCUCACUAUGCCAGAUAUUAUGAGCAGAUCCGCAUAUACGCCAAUACUCGACCCGUCGACGAGCUUGUACCUGCAGCUCAGCUUGCAAGCUACCGUGAUCAGGUCAGCUGCGAAAACUCCUACGGCCGACAAAAGAGCGAAGCCGAGAAAGACCGUGAGAUACGAGCGCUGGUCGAUGCUCACUACAUCGAAGUUUGUCAAAAGACCUACGCGGAGUACGUAAAGCGGUAUAAUCACGAGGAGAGGUUCACCACCGGAUUCUUCACACCGGGCGAAAUAGAAGAGGCUCAGUUGGAGAAUUGGCGCAAAUAUCUCGACUUCGAGGAACAGGAGGGAAAGUUUAAUCGUACCAUGUUCCUCUACGAGCGUUGUGUAUCCAUUUGCGCAAAUUACGAAGAGUUUUGGCUCCGCUACGUUCGUUGGAUGUCCGCGCAGCCUGACAAGCAAGAAAAUACUCGCCAUAUCUUCGCUCGAGCAUCAACCAUAUUCCUUCCCAUUGCACUGUACCAAAUACGUCUACUAUGGGCCCUGUUCGAGGAGACAAGCAUGAAUCGCCUAGACGUCGCCAGGGACAUCCUUCAAGGAAUCAUCUUCGCCACGCCUCAGAAUCUGGAGGCUCUGGAGGCCUGGGCAAGUUUAGAACACCGGCAGAAUGGACUGGACGCUGCGCUCGAUGUCUAUCGCGCCCAGAUCGGAAAUACAGACACAGAUCUUCAUGUCAAAGGUGCAAUUAUCAAAAAGGCCGGACUCAUGAUCUGGAAAUUUCGUAGUAGCACCGAGGCACGUCGUCUCUUCGAUGAGAACGUAGAGCACUACAUGUCGAUCCCCGCGUUUUGGAAAGGUUAUCUCCAAGUAGAGAUGAGUCAGUCGGCCAAAGAGCCCCACGAUGUAGCACAACGUCAGCGUGUCAGGAAUCUUCACCAGCAAAUUCGCAACAACGGUCGUCUUCCUCCUCAUGCGGUUCGACAAUUGUCUGAGAUGUAUAUGCACUUCCUCCUAGACAAUGGCGCGAAAGAAUCAGUUGAAGAGUACCUUCACGUGGAUCUUCUUGUCAAUGGAUCCUUCCCAACGUCAGCGGCUGUCCAGCGUGCUCAGCCCAUGAUUCAGAAGCCUCAAAGCAAGGGCAAAGCAAAGGAAAACAAGCGCUUGGGAGAUGUUGAGAUGACCGGCUAGAAACACUAGCACUAGAUACCAUAGCAUUCCAAUGAAGUAUAAGGGUGCCCAUAGGCACAUUGGCCCAGGCAGCACCCAUCUUGGCUAAUACAAGCAUGGGCACAUUCAUCUUUCACAGUAGCACCACUGCGAGAAGCGCGUUAAGGAUCCCAAGGGUCGUGCAGCGUAAUUAGUCUC